AUGGCCCCGGCCCGGAGGGAGCGCGGCGGGCGCGCCUCGCCGCUCCUCCUGGCGGCGGCGGCGUGCUGCUUGCUGGCGGGCACCGCGCCGGCCAAGGUGUGCAACGACCGCACGAAGCGCGGCCAGGACAACAGCUGGUUCGCGCGCGACGGCGAGAAUUUGCCCAUCAUGGUGCUCAUGCCCAUGAACGAGUCGGCGCUGAUGAGCAGCAUCAGCCAGGGCAUCGAGCCCGCCGUGCAGCUGGCCAUCCAGCACAUGCGGGAGUCCCGGAAGUACUCCUUCUCGCUCAUCACCGAAAUCUACGACACUGAGUGUGACAACGCCAAGGGCCUGCGGGCCUUCUUCGACGCCAUCUGCUACGGACCCAAACACCUGAUGAUUUUUGGUGGCGUCUGCCCCUCUGUCACCUCCAUCAUCGCCGAGUCCUUGGAGGGAUGGAACCUGGUGCAGCUGUCCUUCGCGGCAACCACUCCGGUGCUGGCGGACAAGAAAAAGUACCCCAACUUCUUCCGCACGGUCCCCUCGGACAACGCCGUCAACCCGGCCGUGGUCAAAUUCCUCAACUACUACAACUGGAGCCGCGUGGGGACGCUCACGCAGGACGUGCAGAGGUUCUCCGAGGUGAGGAACGACCUCACUAGUGAGCUUGAGAAGGCUGACAUCCAGAUUGCUGACACGGAAAGUUUCUCCAAUGACCCCUGCGUCAAUGUAAAAAAACUCAAGGACAACGACGUGAGGAUUAUCAUUGGCCAAUUUGACGAGAACCUUGCCUCCAAAGUCUUCUGCUGCGCGUACAACCUGAACAUGUUUGGCAGCAAAUACCAGUGGAUUAUUCCUGGCUGGUACCAGGGCAACUGGUGGGAGCAGGCCAACAGCACCAACUGCACCACCAAAAAGCUGCUGACCGCCAUGGAGGGAUACAUCAGUGUGGACUUUGAGCCCCUCAGCGCCAGGCAGAUCAAGGGCAUCUCUGGAAGGACCCCGAAGGAAUACGAGCGCGAGUACAGCAGGGAGCUACGUCAAAAGGGCGUGGAGCCCAGCAAAUUCCACGGUUUCGCCUACGACGGCAUCUGGGUCAUCGCUAAGACCCUGACCCGGGUCAUGGACCUUUUGCGCAUCAAGCAGCGGCAGAGCGGACACCGCAACUUCACCGUGGAUGACCACGAAGUGGGCAAGAUGGUCCUGGACGUCAUGAACGAAACCAACUUCUUCGGCGUCACGGGCCAAGUCAUGUUCCGGAAUGGUGAGCGGAUGGGCACCAUUAAAUUCAACCAGUUUCAAGAGGGCCAGGAAGUGAAGGUGGGCGAGUACAAUGCCAUUGCAGACGUGCUGGACCUCAUCAACAACUCCAUCCGCUUUCAAGGGGUGGAACCGCCCAAAGAUCGGACGUUUGUACGCUUACAGCGACGGCACAUCAAUGUUCCGCUUUACAGUAUCCUGUCAACAAUCACCAUCCUGGGCAUGCUCAUGGCUGGAGCCUUCCUCUUCUUCAACAUCAAAAACAGAAACCACAGACUGAUCAAGAUGUCCAGUCCAUACAUGAACAACCUGAUCAUCCUGGGCGGGAUGCUGUCCUACGCCUCCAUUUUCCUCUUCGGAUUGGACGGCGGCUUCGUAUCCGACAAGGAGUUUGAGACACUCUGCACGGUCCGGACGUGGAUCCUCAUCGUCGGCUACACGACAGCAUUCGGCGCCAUGUUUGCCAAGACCUGGAGGGUCCACGCCAUCUUUAAGAAUGUUAAAAUGAAGAAAAAGAUCAUAAAAGACCAGAAAUUGUUGAUCAUCGUUGGCGGGAUGCUGUUGAUCGACUUAUGCAUCCUGAUUUGCUGGCAGAUUGUGGAUCCGCUGAAGAGGACCGUGGAAGAAUACAGCCUGGAGGCGGACCCUCACGACCGAGACAUCGCUAUCCGUCCCUUCUUGGAGCACUGCGAGAACACCCACAUGACCAUCUGGCUGGGCAUCGUCUAUGCCUACAAGGGCCUGCUGAUGUUGUUCGGCUGCUUCCUGGCUUGGGAGACCAGGAACGUCAGCAUUCCCGCCCUCAACGACAGCAAAUACAUCGGCAUGAGCGUCUACAACGUCGGCAUCAUGUGCAUCAUCGGAGCCGCCGUCUCCUUCCUGACCCGGGACCAGCCCAACGUUCAGUUCUGCAUCGUGGCGCUGGUUAUCAUCUUCUGCAGUACCAUCACGCUCUGCCUGGUCUUUGUUCCUAAGUUUAUCACCAUGAGGACCAACCCGGAUGCCGCCACGCAGAACCGCAGACUCAAGUUCACGCAAAACCAGAAGAAGGAAGACUCCAAGACCUCCACCUCGGUCACCAGCGUCAACCAGGCCAAUACUUCCAGAUUGGACGGCCUUCAGACCGACAACCACCGCCUCCGCAUGAGGAUAACCGAGUUGGACAAGGAGCUGGAGGAGGUGACCAUGCAGCUGCAGGACACCCCGGAGAAGACGCCCUACAUUAAACAGAACCACUACCCGGACGCUAACAACAUCUUAAGCAUACGCAACUUCACCGACGGCAAAGGUCAGCCAGUGCCCAUUCUUAAAACUACCUCCAUCAUGUCUUUCCAUGCAGAUGUUGAACGGAGCCUCCUGAAGAACCACCUGGAGCAGAAGCCUCAGGGGCAGUGGGGCUCCAUGGAUCCUUCCAGAAUAACCAGAGGUCCCCUAGAAGACAUCAACUCUCCCGAACACAUCCAGCGGCGUCUGUCCCUGCAGCUUCCCAUUUUACACCACGCCUACCUGCCGUCUAUAGGCGGCGUGGACGCCAGCUGCACCAGCCCCACCGACAGUCCCGGAUCCAGCCCUCGCCACAGACACAUGCCGCCUUCUUACCGGGUCAUGGUGUCGGGCCUGUGA